UGGACGCUCAGUCGAUCUUUCGCGCGAAACCGACUCAGCCGUAUUUCUAUCAUGCUGAAAUUGGUCGUAACUUUGAUUGUAGUUUUUGGUGUUGUCAAGGCUGAGGAUUACCAGUUUGGCUGUGACAACCAUUACCAUGCGCUGAUGGAGCGGCAUGUGCAAGAAGCUCCCGAUUACAGUGAACACAACGAUGUCUCGAUUGACCCGCUGAACGUGACCUUCCACCUAAACACCAGACAGAAUCCAACGGAGAGUGAAAUCCUGACCAUCGGAAAUGUCCAGCUGCUGGAGGCCUCCAAGUUCAACAGCUCCAAUCCGACGAGGAUCGUCGUGCAUGGCUUUUGCAACUGUCGACACUCGGAUUUCUGUCUGGAAACCCGUCAGAUGCUCCUGCACCGUCAAGAGUACAACGUGAUCACGCUCAACUGGCAGAGUGGUACGCAGCUGACCGACUACUGGACUGCCAGAAAGCGAAUCAUUCCAGCAUCCAAAGAUCUCGCAAAGUUCAUCGACUUCCUGCACGCGAAAGGAGGUCUGAACGUAAAGGAUCUCUACCUGGUGGGCCACAGUCUGGGUGCUCAUCUGUCCGGUCUGGCAGCCAAAGCGAUCACCAGUGGAAAGGUCAACACAAUCGUUGGGCUAGACCCGGCAAAACCCUUAUUCGAUCUUGACAGACCAGCAGAACGCUUGGCGGAUACCGAUGCCGAGUACGUUGAGGUGAUCCACACCAACGGUGGAUGGCUGGGGAUCUUCGAUCCCAUUGGUCACACCGACUUCUAUCCCAACGGUGGAGUCAGUCAACCCGGUUGUAACUGGUGGAUCUUCGGAGCUUCCUGCUCGCACGGUCGAGCCUGGGCGCUUUACGCCGAAUCGGUCGUCUCAAAGGUGGGCUUCUGGUCAACGCUGUGCCAGUCGCUAAGCCAGGUCAGUCCGGCUGGAUGCCGAAGUCCACGGGCCAAGCUUCGGAUGGGUGGCGAACCGAUCGUGCAGCAGUCGCGUGGUAUCCUGACGGUUCGGACGCGAAGUGAGUCACCGUUCGCGGAGGGAAAGCUUGAGGAUUUGAGGCGGAAGAAAUGGGAGGGAAUGGGUAAGGGAAAGAAGAAGGUGUGGAAGGGGAAAAAAAGGUAUUGAUGAAAAAAUCAUCAAUUUAUUUUCAUCUACUUGACUGUGGUCAGCAUUGGGAAUCUCAAUUCCAAUGUAUUUUUCCAGUGAAUUUUUUAAAUAA